CUGCGAACGCGCCGACUUCAAAGUCUACACCCCUGCCAAGAUGGCAGAGACACCAGAGACCGCCGAAGCCCUACAAGCCCGCCACCGAAAAGAACAGCGCGACCUCGUCUCCCGCAUAACGCAAAAGAAGAAAUCGGCAACCAAGAAGACACGGAAAGGCGUCAACGAUGAGUGCGAAAGGCUAGAACGGGAGCUCAAAGAGCGGCAAGCGCGCGAACUAGCCAUACUCAAUGGCGAAAAUCCGGACGAAGAACCGCCGCUCGAAGGCGAGGAGCUGGGAACGAGCGAGCAGGAGACACAGGCCAACGGCGUGGAGAAGGCAGUGGAGAACCUCUCCAUAUCCUCGCCACACCCCGAUACGCACGCCCAAUCUGCACCGGAGCAGAACGGACCAAAGAAGAAACCCAACCGCGCAAAGGCGCGUCUCGCCCGCCGCGCCGCCGAAUACGAAGCCCUCGCCGCGCAAGCAAAAGAGGAAGCCGCUAACAUGCCCGACCUGCGCGAACAAGAGCGCACACGGAUGAACCAACACUUGGGGCGAUAUGGACUGCAGGAAAAGGAAAUCAGGGCGGACGGACACUGUUUAUACGCUGCUGUCGCAGAUCAGAUGGAGACCAAGGGAUUGGGACUGGCGCCGCGGAUACAGCCGAAGAUCAUUGGGGAAGGGGAUAAGACGGUUCCGUCAUAUAAGAAGGUGCGGUAUGCGGCCGCGGAUUGCAUACAAGAGAAUUCGGGCGACUUUGCUCCGUUCAUGGAGGAGCCGUUGGAGACAUACCUACAAAAGAUUCGGGAGACCGGCGAGUGGGGUGGCCAUCUGGAGCUUACGGCGCUAGCGAAAACGUACGGACUCAAGAUCAACGUACUUCACGGUGACGGGAGGAUAGAAGAGAUUGGUCCCGGGGAUGGCGUGAAAGCCGAGGAGGUACACGAGAUAUGGUUGGGUUACUACAAGCACAGUCACGGCUUGGGAGAGCACUACAAUUCGCUGCGGAAGACGCCUUGAACGUUUCGAACUGUUCUGCUUUCGGAAUUGUGGAGCCUAGACUGCCUUAGAGGGCGAAGUUUAAAAUGAUCCACACCCCUCCAAUCUCCGUCACACCAAAGCUGACUCGGAGACGGCUACUUGUGCUUCCACACGCUCACCCAGUCGGUCACCUCCCCAUUGACAAUCGCAACCUUAUGAGUCCGCGCCGGCUUCCAAUGCGCUAUCCGUACCAACGCCUUAUCGCUUUCCGUCC